UCACUACAUAAAGAAAAAAUCUCCAAUCAAUCCUUAAGAGUCGCGUGUCUUAAAGAAACGUUUUUAGGCCAUGGGCCGAUCUCCUUGCUGCGAAAAAGCCCACACCAACAAAGGCGCUUGGACCAAAGAGGAGGACCAGCGCCUAAUCAACUACAUCCGCGCCCACGGCGAAGGCUGCUGGCGUUCCCUCCCAAAAGCCGCAGGAUUGCUUAGAUGUGGGAAAAGCUGCAGGCUGAGGUGGAUAAAUUACCUGAGGCCUGACCUCAAAAGGGGCAAUUUUACUGAAGAAGAAGAUGAGAUUAUUGUCAAACUCCAUAGCCUUCUUGGGAAUAAGUGGUCUUUGAUAGCCGGGAGGCUGCCUGGAAGAACAGACAACGAGAUCAAAAACUACUGGAACACACACAUCAAACGCAAGCUCAUUAGCCGCGGUAUAGACCCACAAACCCAUCGGCCGCUCAACUCUGCCACCACCACGCCUGGCGGCACCACCACUGCCGCUGCCGCCACUUGCCUUGACUUCCGGCGGUCAACCGACCCAUCCCCUUCGAAAGAAAAUAGCGCCACCUCAGCAGACAACGCCAAAUGCAACAGCAGCACAACCGAGGAGUUCCAACCGCCUGCCGAGGAUGAGGGCCCUGCCCAUGGGCUCAACCUGGAGCUGUCUAUUGGGCUGCCUUCUCAGCCCAAUUGCUCGAAAUCGUCUUGGGCCGAGUCCAAGUCUUUCCAGGGCUUGUUGAGGCCACUGGCUGCGGCGGCUGGGCCGGAAGCGGCUCGCCGAAUGUGUUUGUGUUGGCAGAAAGGCAAGUUGUGUAGCACGUGCCAGUAUUACAGUGGAUUAUAUAGAUUUUGCUGACUAUAUAUAUAUAUAUGUGUUAGUGUGUGAUUAUUAAUAUGUUGUACAAGUUCUAGUUUUAGAUAUGGAUCUUAAUCUAUUUUACCCUUCUUCUUUUUUUCUAUAGUAUUUUUGGGUAUGUGUUCUCAUUUUUGGUGUUUAAAUCAAGAUUUCAUCAUCACUGCAGAAUUAUGUGUAUUUGGUCUUGAAAACAGGACAAUGGUCUAAUAAAGAAGCUGA